AUGUAUCCUAGAUACAAGUCUCAAGGCGAGAUACAAACAGCAGUGGAUCAAUUUAGCACUUGGCUAUCACCACAUGAGGCAGAUGACCUAGAUGUCAUCUUGCUGGGACAUAGUCUCGGCGGAAUCCUAGCUGCAGAUGUUGCGCGUCUACAACAAGAUGGGCAACCAAAGCAUCGAAUUUUGGGAGUGGUGGGAUUUGACGUCCCCUUUCUAGGAAUUCAUCCCCGCGUAAUACCCACAGGAACUAUGGGCUCUAUGCCCAAGAAAGACCCGGCAGCUGAAGAGAAGCUCGCGGGAGAACAAGAAUCCCUAGGCUUGAAUCCAGCCUUCAAACCCGCUCCUUCCAAUCCCAACUUUGACCCACCAUUCAUGAACGAUGUGCGUCUGGUUGAUCGUGGCUUCCUCAAGGGUAUUAUGCAUUUUGUCAACAAAAACACCGACAAUCUCUCGCGAUCUAUCUUCGAUCGCAUCGUAUCACCUUUGAAAUUUGCUGGUUGUGUCAAUAACUACUCUGAACUUCGCCACCGGUACCGGCACUUGAUGGAACUGGAAGCUGCUGAGUCCAGUCCCUGGAGAGUACGUUUCGUUAAUUACUACACCACGAGCACCGGUCGCAAACCGCGGAAGUCCAAGACGAAAGCCGAAAAGAAAGCCGAAAAGGCUGCAAAAGAAGAGAAGAAGGCCGCGAAGAAGAUCGGAGUUGAUAUGGAUAAAUGUGCAACGGAAGUACAUUCGCAGGAAUAUACAGAGACGCCAGGUUCCGAAGAAACUGAAGUAACCACUUCCAUGGGCGACAUGGCAAUCAAAAGAAAGCCAUUGAAGACCAUCUCUUCUAAUUCUUCCCUGGCAACGGAAAAGGCCAACGAUGACAAGGAUUCUCCGCUGGCGGAUGAUAUAAGUACCGCAUCGUCUAUCCCAGUCUCAGUCCAAACAGAGGACUCCCUCUCGGGAAGCGUUUCCCUCUCAACAGAGAGUGGCUCCAUCGCAACCAUGGAGUCCUCAGACCCUUCUAAACAACAACUUCGCAAGUUCAUUCUCUUACCAUCACAUCAUUGGAAGUACAAUGAUAACUCUCAUUGGGAGCCAAUAUUAAUGGAGGACAUGGACGAAGUCAUGGCACAUCAGUCUAUGUUUAUCCCACAGGGUGCAAACUACGAUCAUCUUGUCGGAAAUAGCGUUGGGCUAAUUGAGCAAUGGAUUGAGAACGAUCUUAGUCGACGAUAUCUCCAAGAAAGUCUCGACUGA